CUGAGAUAGGGGCUGGUGAUCCUCCAAGUGCUGUGGAGGGUGACACUGAACCCGGACCCCUCAUCACAGAGACCAGCCAAUGUGACUCGAGGGGCGUUGUGGGAUGGGAGGCAGUUGAUGCCCUUGCAGCCUACCUAGUUGACUUGAAUCGCACCAUCACCGCCUUGUCAGCCAAGGAGGCGGCGUACAUAGUCAACCUGUACACAGCUCUCCAUGCCAUGGACAAAAAACCUUUAAGGUACACCCAGAAGGCUAAGAAAAAAGCACAUGCAUCAGGAGGACCAUGGAGAGCACCCAGGAAGCCGAGUGGCUCUGCUCCUGGACAGCAGGCGGCAGAGAGACUAUACAUGACUCACGGCCAAGCAGCCCAGGACCCCGGAAUACAUAGGGUCAGUGACUGUGUUUGCCUCAGACUUGCAAAAGAGUUUGAGCAGUCAUGCAACAGGCCAAAGGACGCAAAGGGGAAAACCAUGCCCAUCCCUCAGUCCAUUGUCAGCGUCUACAGCCACAUCAAACAGCUGCUGGAGGACAGCAUGGUUGUCCUGAACCAGACGAACCUGAGUCUGGUGCCGGUUAACAACACCACAGUAUCUUCAUGGCUGUUUAGGAGGGAUAAGAGGAAGGACAGGAACAUGCAGCUGCAAGGCACUGCACUUCCCAAACAGCUGUACCUGGCCAAGGAGCCUCUUCCUGCAGUGAACACACUUCCAGCUGCCCCUGUGCAACAUGCACAUGAACCUAUGACAUUUGAGGAGCCUGAAAACCAUGAGGGGGAAGCUUUCCCCCGCCAGCGCACACUAGCGGUAAGCAAGCCUGUGUUCUCUCCACCAUCUCCACCUCCCCAGUUCCCUCCACAAUUUGGGCCAGCUCCUCCGUUCCAGCAAACUCCUCAGUUGCAGCAUGCGCCUCCAUUUCCACAUGCUUCUCCAUUUCUGCAUGCUCCUCCAUAUCCCCAUGCACCUCCAUAUCCCUAUUCACCUCCAUAUCCCCAUGCACCUCCAUAUCCCCAUGCACCUCCAUAUCCGCAUGCUCCUCCAUAUCCGCAUGCUCCUCCAUUUCCGCAUGCUCCUCCAUAUCCACAUGCUCCUCCAUAUCCACAAGCUUCUCCAUUGCAGCAAGCUCCUACAGAGUGCCUUCCAUCCCAGCCAAGGCAACGUGCCUGGAGGCUGAAAAAAGCUGCCCAGGAGGAUGAGGAGCUAGUGUCAAGGGGGGAACCGCCACGGAAGAGGCUAACAAAAGAAAAGUAUCACUACACCUGCAAGUUGUGUGGCCAGGAAAAAAAUAAAACAACUGGACACACCCAGCUGAAGGGGCGGUGGUACUGUCCAGCCUCAGGACUGACCCUGGAUGACUGGAAGGAGAGUGUUUAGUUUCUGUCACCAUUACAU